AUGCCAUCUUCAUUGUUGUGUGGGUUUUGGCGGUGUGUGUCCCGCAGUGCCACUGGAUCUGGGGCGGCGGGCUGGAUCGCCGAGAUGGGCGCCAAGGACUUUGCUGGUGGCACCGUGGUGCAUAUCAGCUCCGGCACCUCCGCCUUGGCGCUAGCAUCCUUGCUGGGUGAGCGCAAACACCGUGCCGAGUCCUUCCCCUCGAACCUGCCCUUCGUCAUCCUGGGAGGAGGUAUCCUGUGGCUUGGCUGGACCGGCUUCAACGGCGGAUCCGCCUUCGCCGCGAAUGGUGACUGUGCGCUGGCUGUUGCAACUACCUACGUGGCAGCCGCUGCGGCGAUGGUCAUGUGGGUCACAGUCGAGCGCAUCCUGGAUGGAGCCCCCACGUCCAUCGGUGCCAUGUCAGGUGCAGUCGCCGGACUU